CUACACUUCUCUCCUUUUUUUUUUUGCUUCAAUCACAAUUCCCCUACUUUCCACACCUCGAUUACGGGCAGGCUAGGCAAAAGGCUCUAUUUGUUUUGUUAAUUCCUACGAUGAGCGACGAUUUGAAGCUGAACAUUCUGAAGAAGCUCGACGCUGAGGGCAGCAUCAAGGACACUAAGGAUGCGUUCUCGGGCGUGGCGUCUGAGACCAUCCUGGGUGCUCUAAAGAGUCUUGAGAGCCAAGAUAAGGUCGCGUACUCGACGCUGUCAUCGGAGGUCUGGACUUUGACCCCCGAGGGCCAGGACCAGCUGGACAACGGCAGUUACGAGGCGCAGAUCUACAACGCAGUGCCCGAAGGCGAUGAGGGCAUCACCGUGGACGAGCUGAAGGCCAAGUUUGGCAACGUGGCGAACCUGGGCCAGGGAAAGGGCUUCAAGAACAAGUGGAUCAAGAAGAACGGCAGCAGCAUCGUCCGCCUGGCUGCGUCGAUCGUCGACCAGACCAAGAUCGAUCUGGAGGAGGUCAAGGCCUCGGGGGUUCACAGCAAGAAGGACGUGGUCAAGGACCUGAAGCGGCGCAACCUGAUCAAGCAGAACAAGAUCGUGUCGUACUCGGUGUCCAAGGGCAGCAACUUCUCGACGGAGCUCAAGAAGCAGAUGACUGAUCUGACGGUUGAGAUGCUGCAGAGCGGCGCGUGGAAGACUGGUGAGCUGAAGAAGUUCAACUUUGACUCGCUGGGCGUGUCGCCCAACGGCGGACAUCUGCACCCGCUGAUGAAGGUGCGUGAGGAGUUCCGCCAGAUCUUCUUUGAGAUGGGAUUCGAGGAGAUGCCGACCAACGACUUUGUCGAGUCGUCGUUCUGGAACUUUGACACGCUGUUUGUGCCGCAGCAGCACCCGGCGCGCGACCUGCAGGACACGUUCUUCCUCAAGGAUCCGGCGAUGGCGCAGGGCCUGCCUGAGUUCUGGGAGACGGUCAAGAACGUGCAUGAGAAGGGCGGAUACGGGUCGAUUGGAUACCGGUACCCGUGGGCUGAGGCCGAGGCCAAGAAGCUGGUGCUGCGUACGCACACGACGCCUGUGAGCUGCCACGUGCUGAACAAGCUCGCGCAGGAGCCGUACCGGCCGGCCAAGUUCUUCUCGAUCGACCGCGUGUACCGUAACGAGGCGGUGGAUGCCACGCAUCUGGCCGAGUUCCACCAGGUCGAGGGUGUGAUUGCCGACAAGAACAUGUCGCUGGGCAGCCUGAUUGCGUUCCUGGACGUGUUCUUCACCAAGAUGGGCAUCACCAACCUGCGCUUCAAGCCCACGUACAACCCGUAUACUGAGCCGAGCAUGGAGAUCUUCUCGUGGCACGAGGGAUUCCAGAAGUGGGUCGAGAUCGGAAACUCGGGCAUGUUCCGCCCCGAGAUGCUGCGCCCGCUGGGUCUCGACAAGGAUGUCAAGGUCGCUGGCUUUGGCCUGUCGCUGGAGCGCCCGACCAUGAUCAAGUACGGCGUCGACAACAUCCGUGCGCUGGUCGGGCACAAGGUCGACCUGUCUAUGAUCGAGUCCAACCCGGCGUGCCGGCUGGACAAGAAGAUGGGCAAGGAGGUGUUCGAGAGCAAGAAUGUCGAGGUUGAGAACUAAGAUUCUAUUGAUCGGCUUCUACUCUACUCUGAAUAAAUGCAAUGAUCUGGUCCAGAUCCGCCUGCA